GGCAUCGCAUUUGCUAGUUUAAAUCCCCACGAGUUGGCUGCGUGUUCUCCGAGUGCGGUUCUAUUUGAUAAUUGAGAAAACUUCAGACAGCUUUACCGGUUGUUCUUACGCCUAACCUAACCAUCAAACUACAGCAACAGCAACAGCAACUAUUUACAAAAUGGUGUACACAGUUACAGACACAAACGACUUCAAGACACAGCUGACGAAUGCGGGCGAUAAGCUGGUCGUUGUAGACUUCUUUGCCACCUGGUGUGGACCCUGCAAGAUGAUUGCGCCCAAGCUGGAGGAGCUGGCGCAGCAGUUUUCCGAAAAGAUUGUUGUGAUCAAGGUUGAUGUCGAUGAGUGCGAAGACAUUGCCAUGGAAUACAACGUAUCCAGCAUGCCCACGUUCCUGUUCAUCAAGAACUCCGUCAAGGUGGAGGAGUUCGCUGGCGCCAAUGCCACCCGAUUGACCGAGACCAUUCAGAGGCUCAUCUAAGAGCAAUUGCAAUAGAAGUUAAACCUCAAUGCCUCUUCUUAAAAUUCUUUAUUUUUUGUUUCUUUGUAAUAAGGGAUUGUCGUCGACAAUUCGCUAAGUUCUCUUAAUACCAUUUAGUUAAUUAUGUAUUCCAUAAGUUUGCUAUGUUUGCGACACAGACACACGCAUACACAUACACAUACUCACACACAGUUAAUCGAACUAAUUCUAGCACUUUGAUUGGCUCAGAUUAAAUGUUUUCAAUUAUAUUUCACAUAUAAUGUUUUGGCGUGUCCAACACCCUGCAGCGCAGCAUCAACAAACAAUUCAAAAUACAAAAGUGGCUUUAAAUGUAACAUAAAAGAAAGAGAAAACAAAAAUUGUAAAAAUUAUUUGCUUUAAUUAACUAAACUAAAUAAGACGAGUUCGUUUUUGUACCGCAAUUGCAUUGUAAAACAUUUCACAAGAAACAGCAAACAGAAAAAGCAAAAUAAAUCAAUUUUAAAACAUAAAAGAA